GGCAGCUCUGCUGAGGAAGAAACCUUGCUGAGGCUUUGUUAGCUGCUGCUUUUUCCCUGACACCACCUGAAGGGCACAUCUGGUGUGAUGGGGAGGCAAAAGGACGUUCUCGCUACUAUUGAGGAGCACCUGAGGAUCAGAAACAAAUUAGUCCGGCAAGCACUGGCUGAGUGCCUAGGGACGCUGAUCCUGGUGCUGUUUGGCUGUGGAUCCGUUGCACAGAUUGUGCUCAGCAGAGGGACUCAUGGAGGCUUCCUGACUGUCAACCUGGCCUUUGGCUUUGCUGUAAUGCUUGGAAUUUUGAUCUCAGGACAGGUAUCAGGUGGACACCUGAACCCAGCUGUCACUUUUGCCAUGUGCUUCUUGGCCCGUGAGCCCUGGAUCAAGCUACCCAUUUAUGCCCUAGCACAAACCUUGGGGGCAUUCCUUGGAGCUGGCAUUGUUUUUGGGCUGUACUACGAUGCCAUUUGGGCUUUUGGCAGUAACCAGCUGUAUGUAACAGGACAGAAUGGCACUGCUGGUAUCUUUGCCACCUACCCAUCUCAGCAUCUGAACAUUGUGAAUGGAUUCUUUGACCAGUUCAUUGGCACUGCCUCCCUGAUUGUUUGUGUCUUGGCUAUUGUUGAUCCUUACAACAACCCUGUGCCCACGGGGCUGGAGGCUUUCACAGUUGGCUUUGUUGUCCUCGUUAUUGGAACCUCCAUGGGCUUCAACUCUGGAUAUGCUGUCAACCCUGCCAGGGACUUUGGGCCUCGUCUCUUUACAGCCAUCGCUGGCUGGGGCACUGAAGUGUUCUGGACUGGUAAGCAGUGGUGGUGGGUUCCAGUUGUUGCUCCUUUCCUUGGGGCUAUUGCGGGAGUGAUAGUCUAUCAGCUGAUGAUUGGAUGUCAUGAUGAGCCUUCUCCACCUGCUUCUGAGCAGGAAACAGUCAAGCUGGCUAAUGUGAAGCACAAGGAAAGGGUCUGAGGAAGCUGCCACCCAGAUCUGGCAGAUAGUCAUUACUCAGGACUGCAGUUGACAAAGUGGAAGAAUGAAUUAAGAAGAGCUUCGAGAACAACAGGAAGAGUUUUUUUCCUGUCUUGAGAUAUUCUAGUCUUUUUUUUUUUUUUCCUUUUUUCUUUCUUUCUUUCUUUUGAUGUAUAUCUCUCAUGCAUUUUCUUUAGGCAUUUUCCUAUGAGCCUUUCCCCAAAUGCAGUAUCAUAUAAUCUUUCCAUAGUAGAAGGGGAUUGAGGACUAGCAGUCAGGAGAGAAGUGGGCGUUGCUGUUCAACAUGUCCAAUGUAGACCAGAUGUUAGGAAUCUGGAGGCUCAUUUGGGCAGUGUUGCUGGCCUUGCCUGUGACCUUGGCAAACUGCUUCCCUCCAAACUUGUGUUCCCAUCUGUAGAGUGGAGAUCCUGCAAAACUUAAAUUGUUUUGCUAGCAUGGAAUUAAAGCUCCUACAUCCUACAGAAAAAAAUUGCCUGUGAUUCUGGAUCAAAUUCAUGCUAGGUAUUGCUUUAAAGUCAAUAGCUUGGCACCAGGAAUUAACUUCUCUAAAGGAUUUUUAUUAGCCAAACUUUUAAUCUCUCCCAUGAAUUCCUAGAACCAUAUAAAUCAGCUGAUCCAUAGUGUCAGAACAGAGAGCAAGAAUGUGCUGCAUUUUAAAACAAAGUAUUUGUAAACCACUGCACCCUGGUGUUCUAAUCACAAUUUUUAAUAUUGCCAGCUCCUAGAAGAUGACACAUAAGAAAUCCUUGUUCUAGCUAGAGGCUAACCUGGAAAGAGAGCUUGGCCCCUGUAGCAGCCUUUCUAAUUAAUCAGCUUUGUAUAUAAACUGCAAGCAGCUAAUAGUUUCACUGGAAACAGUGUUGCUAAAGUUGUGUGUGUUCAUGUAAAUUUCACCAUAGUGUUGUUUUUUAUAAAAAAAUAGAUUUAUAUAUAAAUAUACUCAUUAAAGCUGUUACUAAAUACCAGGAUUGGGAUGAGUUACUUUAAAGAUGUAUGGGAACUGCCUAGUCUCUGACAGCUGUGAGAUACUGUUGGAUUUUCCUGGGGUGGAUUCAGAUUAUGGCAUUAUGUUGUUGGAGCAUCUCCUCUGCUAUCUUGCAGAAUUACUGGGGUAUCCCUGGUACUCACAGCUAAGGGACUGAGGUCAGGGACCUCCUGCACUAACAGUGCUGGCAUCUCAGGGGAUCUCUGGCUCUCCCAAUGCCUUAUUAUUACAGAGUAUUUGAAACAAGCAGUUAUAGGUUGUGAAAGAAUUUAUAAGUCACAUGCAUUAGAGAAACUCAAAGCCUGUUUCUUUAAUGUGUGAAUUCCUUGAAAUAUGUACCUUUUUAUGCAUUUUCAGUCACUAAAAUGAUGUAUUCUUUUUUUUUUUUUUUUCCUUUUUAAAAAAUAAAAUGUUGAUACCUGCACUGUAAAUGCUAGUGUUGGUUGUAUUUUUAAGCAGCUGUCAGUAAACUUUACCAUGGAAAGGAAGUCAUCUAUAACAAUAGCUUCCUCAAGACCUUUUCCUCUUCAGCCUGCAGGAGCAAAAGGGAAUUAACCCUUUCAGGCAAUACAUUAUGUGCUCCAUUUGUGUUUUAUUCCUUCCCAUUUUGGUCUGGGCUUUUGGGGCAGGUGGGAGGACAAGGGGUGCCUGUACUCAGGCCAAGGUAUAGGCUGGGGAGGGUGGGGCUGGUCCUUCUGUCAGGUGUCUUAUUCUUAAGGCAAAAGAACCAAGAGGUCAGCAUUUGUCCCUUGCCCUUUGUACCAUUUUAAUUCUCUUACUGUUCUUUCAAUUAACAUAGUUCUGAGUAUGCAGUCCUGAGUCUGCAUUCAGUGGACUGUCCAGAAUCACCCAGAAUAUUUAAUUUGUCACUUUUUUUUUUUUUUUUUUUAUUACCUGUGCUAUGCAAGGAAAAAUAUUACAGACCUGAACACUGUGCUCACAGAAUGACACAAAUAGCUUUCUUCCAGCCUGCAUCCUCUGUAAAUAUUGUUGCUUUUUGGCUGAUUUGUGCACUGGUGUAUUUUUCCUGUAUUAAUUGUACUGCCUUAAAAUAACUCAUAACUUCCCAUAUGGUGCCAUACUGAACAAUUCAGUUAAGUCUGGAUGAAUGUGGUUUCCUGCAAUUCACCAACUAGAAAUCAAACAGCUUUUGGUAAGAGAGUUGCCAAGUUUGUUUGAUACACUCUAUCUGUGGUCAGUAUGUUGCUUUAUUCCACUUCCAUCUUGAAAAUUUAUCCCUCAAUCUGUGUAGAAGUCUUGCAUAUUACUGUGAUCUACCAACCUAGCUGCAGGAGUCAAUCCCUAUUCCCCUUCAGGACAGCUGGUCCUUUUUUACUCCUCUACCACAUUAUAUCUUCAACUGACUUGAUCAAUGUAUUCAGAUUCUUACUACAGACUUUUAUGACUUUUGAUUCAAUGUAUGGGGUUUUGGUGUUAUUUAUAUAUUUAUUAAUUUAUUUACUUAGGUACUUUACCUACCACACUUCUGCUUCUACCUGGCGUGUUGUAAUUGCCUUUUUCUAUACCCUUGCCUUACUUGUGCCUCAGUGGUCAAUAUUAUUACACUUAUUAAAAUGGCAAUAAAAUACCA